CCGAGCCUCUGCGGCACAUGAACCGCUGACACGCGCUCCGGAUUGUUACUCACUCCGUCUGCACGCGCUUUUUUAUACCGGAUAACAGUUUAAUCCGAACUCAUUUCGGUAUAUACAUAUGUGUUUUGUUUUGCCGCAACUUAUUCCUCAUCCCCCUGAGCAACUUUUUCUUUUCUGACCUCCGCAACAACCGGACAUGGAAAGUUACCCUUGACCCAUGCUGAGGUGGACUUUACCGGCAGGUACGAGCGGAAUUGAACUUCUUCGUCUGAAUACCGGACCGACACUCCCUAGGCGUGAAAAAAAGCGCGCCUGUGGAAUUUGGAGUCAGCGCGGAAGAGCCCCAUCCCGCGUGCAAAUUGAAUCUUUCCGCGCUCGGAGCGAGAGAACGGCGUGCGCGCGCAGCGGAGCCAAACCGCAAAGCGUGCGGGAACUCGGAGGAAGGGGAGGAAACGGACGCAGAUCCGACCGGUUGUUCCCAUUCAGACCAGGCAAAUUGAGGAAGAGCCUGAUGUGGCUCCCAGCGGCACAGCUGUACUGCACUGAUCUCUCGUGUCACUGGGAGCGCGAGUCUCCCCCGGGAUUUUGCGCGUGAGGCCUCGGCGCAGUGUUUAGACUGGACCGGCGGGUGCUGGGAACAGGUGGAUCUGACCAAGAUGUCCGUGCUGCCUUCAAGGUUCAGCUACGUGUGUUUACAUUUUCUGGUCCUCUACUUCCAGUUACAGGAGUCGCACCAGAGUUCUGCAGACUUCCGCAUCUACAUUGAGAACCACACACGUGAUGACGUGAGUCGGAAACAGGUGCGGAUAUACCAGCUGUACAGCCGGACAACAGGGAAGCAUGUGCAGAUCCUUGGCAAGAAGAUCAAUGCUAACGGAGACGAUGGGGGCAAGUACGCUCUCCUCGUUGUUGAGACAGAGACAUUUGGGAGUCAUGUUCGAAUAAAAGGAAAAGAAAGUGGCUACUAUAUCUGCAUGAACAAGAAUGGCAAAAUCAUUGGCAAGCUCAAUGGGAGUAACCCAGAGUGUGUGUUCGUGGAGGAGUUCUUGGAAAACAACUACACAGCGUUAGUGUCUGCCAUGUACAAAGGCUGGUAUCUGGGCUUCAACCGCAGAGGCCGGCCCAAGAAAGGCUCACAGACCACACAGACACAGCAGGAAGUGCAUUUCAUGAAACGUGACCCGAAGGGCAAGGUGGACCCUCAGGAGGAGUUCCGUUUCACCACUGUAACGAAACGGACACGUAGGGCACGACGCUUAAGGUCAAACCACAAAACAAACUGAAGGGACAUGGACCAAGCAUGCACUCUUCCUUUACAGACAUCUCAAACUUCUUGCCUUAAAAAAAGCAUAAAGGUUAUUGUGAUUAAGCAACAGGAGAGGAAAACUGAAAGAUGGCUACAGGAUGAAAAAAAAAAAGACAAAAAGCUUAAAAAAGUUCAAAGAUGUUUUAUUUUUAUAUUUUCAGAUCUCUGAGUCUUUCUUAGGUAUUGAAUGUCUCUGGGUUAUCAUUAAUGUUAUAUUGUGUCUGUUACUCUCUGUUAUUUAUAUUGGACAAACUAUGGAUGACAAAAAAGGAACUGUGGUCACCCACUUUGACGAGUUUACAGCAGCAGGCAUCCUGUUGAAAAGGAGAAAUUUGACUCCAAUAACCAAGAAAAACUUCUGUAUUUCAUUUUGAAUUAGCCCAAACAACAAGGAUCCGUUUUUGUUUUUUUUUGUUGUUCCUGCUGGAAUGGGCUAUCAUUUAAAUGCAAGAGGAGCGUGAUAACGGGGUCACAUGGCAGGACUCUGUACCAGCUUCAACACAGGCCAACACUAGCUUUGAGUGCAAUAUUUUGAAGGGCCUUCCAUGAAGCAUCUCAUUGCCUUCAUUUCUGGUCAGUGAUUUUUCGGUGAGAAGUCUGAGUGUUCUCUCUUGGCCUGUCUGCGUGUGAAGUGUGCUUAAUCACACCCAGCAAUUGUAUGAUUCCUUUUACAUUUUUGUGCAACCUGUGAUUCAGCAGAGCACAACAUGCUUUGACUAGCCAGGCAUCAGCAUCUGCUAUGGCGGUAGUGCUUGUUAAAACAAAUGAAGAGAAGCUUGGAGUUGAAGGGACUCAAAGAGCAUAACAUGAUGAUUUGAUGAGAACCUUUUGACCUUUCUUAUUGUAUGUUGGUGCAAGAUUUACAAGAAUGCACUGUAGUGACAGUGGGCCUGAUCUCAAACACUAGCACACACAUAUGUACUUCCUUUUUUUAUUGCAAAGUGCUAUGGGAAUUCAUCGUACUAUACAGUAGUUUCUGAAGAAUUACCACAAAAUCUGUUAUAAGCCUAAUGCCCCCCCCCACCACCAAUUUCAUAUGCUGUUCUCAGAGCCAGUAAAAUGGUCACUUCUUUAAAUCUUCCACUCUGUAGGAAUACAUAUUAGGUUAUGCCGCAUUCCAGAUUUCCAUUUGUAAACUCCUUCUAUGAUGGUUUAGACAACAUUGCGCUGUAUAUGUACUUAUGUCCACUAAGGCUUUAUACCUGACCAUUCUGAAUUGAGCUACAACAGGGAAGGUAGAACACCUUUCACUAAACUCACCUGUGCUAAGGGCUAAGGUUUACCCUUCACAUGGGUGUCGCUGUAGUGUAAACAAAUCUAUAUACUCCUUUGUCACAUGACAGGUUUUGUAAGAGAUACUACUAACAAACAUGCCACAUGUAUGGUCUAGAAAAAAAAGUAUGCAAAAAAAUAAUAAUUUUAUGACUAUUAUAAAAAAUAUUUAUUGCCUUUCUCUGUAAAUACAACCUGAUGAAUUUAU